AUGGAUAAUAGAGAUGUCCAUUACUUGGACAAAAGUGGUGAUUUCAAGUCUCCUACGUCGACUAUAGCUUCUGGUAACUCUCUCGAUGACUUGACGAGUAGUUCGACGAGCACUCGCUCGCAUACGCCAGAGGAACCUGUCACGAGCACAUAUUUGGAGAUUAUAGAUGGUGAGCCAGCAAGUCCGCCGGAUUACGACGAAGUUAACUACAAUAGACACGUUACGUUCCCGAUAUGGGAGGAUCUUACGCCCUGCUCUAUGACAGAGAAGCCUCCAGCGUACCAUCCCACAGUUUACAAUGUCGCUAUAGUGUCGGUGAAGUUGGAGUGGUUAUCACCAUUCGAGCCAUCCCCAAAUAGGAGUUGGAGGACAUUUAUCAUGGAGAUAAACUCAACGCAGAUAAACUUUUACGCUCUCGAGCCAGAGUUUCACAGACUUGUAAAGAACUACUACAAUUUGAAGUAUGACGAUGGCGCCAAAUCUCUAGCAAAGGGUAUACUUUCCCUAGGUAACUCCAAGAAGAAGAACGAUAACAAGAUUGUGGACACGGAACCACAUUGGAAACGGCUGAACGCUAAGCUGGAACGCAACUAUUCCAAAUACCUGUCGGAUGCCCGCCUUUACAGAUCCUUUACGCUUCAAUAUGCAAGAAUGGGUAUACCCACAGAUUACAGGAAAAGUGCGCAUGCCCUCCGGCUUAGAUGCGAAGCAGAGCAAUUUCUUGUUGCUUUUGAUAACGUUGACGACCUCAUUAACUGGUCGAUGUACAUUAAUAUGGGUAUUAGUGUUGCACUUGAUUUAGACUGUAGACAGUUGCCAAACUAUAGGGUGGUUCCAAGGCGAAGAAGACCCCAUCACACUCGGAGACAAAAACGUACACCGUUGCAUUCUUUAGUUGAUAACUCAAGCUCAUCUUUCUUCAGCAAAGAGUUCUUUUUGGCUUCACCAAGAGGUCUUUAUCUUCAUGGUGCAACGGCCAUGUCUUCACCUCCACCAAGAACUAGAAGUAGCAGUUCGGCAACGGUGCAAAGUACAGUCCCUAAACGUGUUGCAUCUCAACCGAUUUCAAGAAAUUCCUCUAGUGGCCGCAUAGUGAGCAAUGGAAAUAACAGCUCAUUUGGUAAGUUUUUCGAUAUGUUUAAGAGCAAGCGGUCAAAGCAGGACUUUAAAUCGCUGCAGUCCGCUAAUGUGACUGGAUUAAAAGUGACUCUAGAGUCAAAACGUGACCAAUCAGCUAAAUUUGAGUUAGGAUCAGACUUAGAAGUAAUGAAUAAUAGUAUAGCCGAGGAACCUGUCAAGGAAUUCCCAUCAGACAGGUGUGAAGAAAUGUUGAAAAGACACGUUAAUAUGAUGGAACGAGAACUUUUAUGUUACAGUACACAAGAGCCAGAAUUCUCUGAAGCCGGCAGAGAAGUCAAUAAUCCUGGUUCUAGUUCUCAUAGUAAUAGAAACUUUGCAGAGGCAGAGCACGUUGACUCUAAUGAAGAUGAGGAUGAGGAUGACGAUUAUACGUUAGACGACGAUUAUGAAGAUGGACAACGAUUAGAUCCAGUUGUUUCUAUUUAUGCGGAAGAAGGUUUGGUACAUGAAAGUGAAAGCGAUUACUACUAUGAGCAAAGAAGACUUACUCGCAGCCGUGCUGCCUCAACUGCAAGUAACAUGAUAUCACAUGCAGAUGCCGACGAUGUAAAAUGGAUGCCUCCUCAAAAGAUUUUAUCGAGAAGAAGAUACGUUAAGGAUAGUCUUAGAUGUAUCAAGGGUUUUGUGGAGCAUUCUAGUUGGAUGGGUAGAGUAGUCUGUUGUCCUACUGGACCACCUUCAUUUAAAACUAACAAUGAUCUGGUAUUGUUGAAUGGUAAGAAAAUUGAUGAGAAAACUGUUGGUAACAGUAGGAACAAAAUUGUGAAUUCAAGUGGGGAUAAGAGUUAUUGGAAGACCAAAAAUCAUUUCCUUCAACUUUACAUCAUUGAGCCAACCGGAUAUAUUCCAAUUACUGCUCUCGAAGCAAAUGAAGCAAGGAAGAAGAUUAAGACUGUAUUAUGUUAA